GCUUUGUCAGAUCAAUCCCUUCAUUGAGUUUCUGAGAUAAGACAGCCAGUCAGAUGCACCGGCAGAGUAGUGAUAAGGUCAGACUUUGAACCCACUUCGUUCUCCUUCUUUUCUCUUCGCCACAGGCUGCAGAGCCUCAGCUGGUGCUCUUCCCUCAUGGAAACAUGAAGGUCCAGUUUGCCCCCAUGGAUGUGCCCCUGCACAGGAGACUACAGACGGCCACGGUGCUGCAGUGGGUCUACUCCUUCCUUGCUCUGGCACCCACCUGUAUCCUGCUCUUCUUCUACCUGCUGUUCACUCGCUUCUGGCUCAUCAGUGUGCUCUACUCCAUCUGGUGGUUCUUCGACUACGACACGCCGGCACAUGGAGGCCGCAGGGUGUCUUUCUUGUGUGACCUCAAAGUUUGGGAAUACAUGCGCGACUACUUUCCCAUCAAGUUGGUGAAGACAGCUGACCUGAAUCCAAGACACAACUACGUCAUCGGCUUCCAUCCUCACGGCGUGCUGGUGGCCGGAGCCUUCGCUAACUUCUGCACCUAUGCCACCGGGUUCAGGGAGCUGUUUCCUGGCCUCACCACCUACAUGCUCAUGUUGCCGCUAUGGUUCCGAGCUCCAUUCUUCAGAGACUACAUCAUGUGUGCAGGUCUCAUUCCUUCAGACAAACAGAGUGCCAUUUAUCCACUCCGACAAAAGAGAGGCGGUAAUGCUGUUGUGAUUGCUGUUGGUGGCGCUCCUGAAGCCCUCGAUGCUCAUCCUGGGACCUACAAAGUGAUGUUAGCAUCAAAGAAAGGCUUCAUUAAGAUGGCCAUGGAACAUGGGGCUCAUUUGGUCCCAGUGUAUUCCUUUGGGGAAAAUGAAGUGUUUGAUCAGGUGGAAAACUCAAGAGGGACUUGGCUUCGUUGGACACAGGAACAUUUACAAAGAAUUAUGGGGGUCUCACUGCCUCUCUUCCAUGCCCGUGGUAUUUUCCAGUACUCUUUUGGGCUCAUGCCUUACAGGAAACCCAUCAAUACAGUAGUGGGACGGCCAAUCAAGGUGGAGAAAAACCCGAAGCCAACAUCGGAGGAGCUUGAAUCUCUCCACCAGCUCUACAUGGAUGAACUCAGCAAUCUGUUCGAGGAGCACAAAGGCAACUACGGCGUGGACAAGGACGCUCAUCUGGUCUUUGUCUGAACAGGACUGGGUGAUAGAGGAGAGGUGAAGGUGUAUUUAUUUCUGAGGCUCCUGUGCUGCAUUUUUACAGAAGUUUGUAAUCACCCGAAGAACUUCUUGCCAAUUAAAUGUGAAUGAAGUUAAAAAGACAGGGGACAAGUUACGCCACUAACCGUCUUCCCCUCCUCCUCCUGCUCCUCCUCCUCCUCCUCCUCUUCCUACUGGCUGUGUGAUGUCCCUUUGGUUCUUUUUUUUGCAAGAAAUGAGGUACAAAGUUGAAGUAAAGUAUUCUGUAAUGCUGCAGCCAUACAGUCGAAAACCUUCAGUGGGUAAAGAGUCGAACUGUGUCAAAACGUCUUCAGUCGAAGAGUACGUCCAUCAGUUUGAUUGAUCUGAAGCUACGCAACAAUCAGUGACUCCAACAUACUCUUUGUUAAUUCACUUUGUGUUGCAACACUAAAAAAUACAAACAUUUAGUCAAUUAAAUAAAUUGAAUUUAUUUGAAUUUCUACAUCCCCCAGAGUGAUUAUUAUGGACUUUAAUUUUUACUGAUAAGAUCAUCAAUCAUUGAAAUGUUUUACUGCAUUACCUUGAGUCUGGUUUUGGAUUUGAUCCCCAAAUGAUAAGACUGUCUGUGAACUUUGACGGUUACUUUCUGCAUAAAUGAUGGCAAGCUUCCAUAUUUCAAAAUGAAAUGGACCAUGUCCCAGUCCUUUCAACACAGUCCAGUGUCUGGACCAAAAAAAAAAGCUGACUGAAGGAAAAGCUCAGAGCAGUGGUGUGAUGCCAAAGAGACAGGUAGACAAAGACAAGUAGCUAAAGAACCGGAGAAAACAUGUUUACACCUGUCACUCUGUCCUAUCAUGUACAACAAAGGCCUGUGAUAGCGAACAUGAUUAAACCAGCGUCAGUGGGAGGAAGAGGAGUCGCCGCUGAUUGGUUAAGAGGAUUAUUGUGAUGUGAGCGUACUCACAUGACAUUUUGAUGUGUUCUUUGGACGACGGUGAUAACAGCUCCCAGGUAUCAGAUCUCUCUGAGGAUUCUGUGAACAAGGUCAGGGUGACAAGACUGUCGACUUAUUUUUGAAGAAAGUGAUCAAAGUCCAAAGAAAUCCAAGUCGUAUCUUUGCGGAGAGUGAUUGGCCGCUUCGCUGGUAUGGCAACGUAUACAAAGCCAAAGAUGACAUAAACAAGACCACAUGCUCAACAUUGCAUUGCUCAAGCAUUGCAUGCACCUUAAUGGGUUGCAAUAGCUCUUAAAUAUCAGGUACUGUGAUAUGAGGACACCUCAUUACCUCCAAUAAAGAGAUCUUUAAUUUAUAUAAAGUAUAAUAGUUUGUGUUUAAUAAU